CUUUCCCAGACUCUUUUGGAACAGAAUCUCUAAUAACAGCACAGUGGGAAAUCUAAUGUUCCAGAAAGAUACUCAGGGAAAUGCUGCUGACAGAAAAAGACGCCACAGCCUGACAAAUCCACGCAUCCUUGCACGGUCAUCCCAGGUAGGAGACUGACCUGGGGUUGCGCCCUUGACGACCUGGACCGAGUCCCCGUGUCGCUGCGGAGCAGGCCAGCGGGACACACCUCACCCACAACACCAAGACGCAGCACUGCUCCAAGGAGGACGCGCAGUCUAGUUACCAUGGAAACGGCGCCGCCUCCGUCACGGCGCGUGCGGGACGCCAAAGGUCAGGCCAGCUAGUUCCGCUUCCGGUUCCGGAAUCCCAGUUGUUGUCGGAAAGCUUUGUGUUGUUGGUGAACUCUCAGGACCUUAUUCUUGGGGUCUGGGGCGGAGGGCAGUUUUCCCCGAGUUUUGCUGCUGCAGCCAUGGCGGCCUCCACUGCGGCCGGGAAACAGCGGAUUCCCAAAGUGGCUAAGGUAAAAAACAAAGCCCCAGCUGAAGUACAGAUAACCGCUGAGCAACUCUUAAGAGAAGCUAAAGAAAGAGAACUUGAACUUCUUCCACCUCCACCGCAACAGAAGAUCACAGAUGAAGAAGAACUAAAUGACUACAAACUAAGGAAGAGGAAGACUUUUGAGGAUAAUAUAAGAAAAAACAGGACUGUGAUUAGUAACUGGAUAAAGUACGCACAAUGGGAAGAAAGUCUAAAGGAGAUUCAAAGGGCUCGAUCCAUAUACGAGCGUGCUUUAGAUGUCGACUAUCGAAAUAUCACACUAUGGCUGAAAUAUGCAGAGAUGGAAAUGAAGAAUCGCCAAGUCAACCAUGCCCGAAACAUCUGGGACCGCGCCAUAACUACUCUGCCUCGAGUCAACCAGUUCUGGUACAAGUAUACGUACAUGGAGGAGAUGCUGGGCAACAUUGCUGGUGCCCGCCAGGUAUUUGAGCGAUGGAUGGAGUGGCAGCCUGAGGAGCAAGCCUGGCACUCCUACAUCAACUUCGAGUUGAGAUACAAAGAGGUGGAUCGAGCCCGUACCAUAUAUGAGCGAUUUGUCCUUGUACACCCUGAUGUGAAGAACUGGAUCAAGUACGCCCGCUUUGAAGAAAAACAUGCUUAUUUUGCCCACGCACGGAAAGUGUACGAGAGAGCUGUCGAAUUCUUUGGAGACGAACAUAUGGAUGAACACCUUUAUGUUGCCUUUGCCAAAUUUGAGGAAAAUCAGAAAGAGUUUGAAAGGGUACGAGUGAUUUACAAGUAUGCUCUGGAUAGAAUUUCAAAACAAGACGCCCAAGAACUCUUUAAGAAUUAUACUAUCUUUGAGAAGAAGUUUGGCGAUAGGCGGGGGAUUGAAGAGAUCAUUGUGAGCAAGCGGAGAUUCCAGUAUGAGGAGGAAGUGAAGGCUAAUCCCCACAAUUAUGAUGCAUGGUUCGAUUACUUGCGCCUGGUGGAAAGUGAUGCUGAAGCUGAGACAGUACGUGAAGUCUACGAGAGAGCCAUCGCCAAUGUGCCGCCCAUCCAGGAGAAGAGGCACUGGAAGCGUUACAUUUAUCUCUGGGUGAACUAUGCACUCUAUGAAGAGCUGGAGGCAAAGGAUCCUGAGAGGACAAGACAGGUGUAUCAAGCCUCUUUGGAAUUAAUUCCUCACAAAAAGUUCACAUUUGCGAAAAUGUGGAUACUAUAUGCACAAUUUGAAAUAAGACAGAAAAAUUUAUCACUUGCCAGAAGAGCUUUGGGAACUUCCAUAGGCAAAUGUCCAAAAAACAAGUUAUUUAAAGUAUACAUAGAGUUGGAACUACAACUUCGAGAGUUUGACAGAUGCCGAAAGCUUUAUGAGAAGUUCUUGGAAUUUGGACCUGAAAAUUGCACCUCCUGGAUUAAAUUUGCAGAAUUAGAGACAAUCCUUGGUGACAUUGAGAGAGCCCGGGCAAUCUAUGAAUUAGCUAUCAGCCAGCCUCGUUUAGACAUGCCAGAGGUGCUUUGGAAAUCAUAUAUUGAUUUUGAAAUUGAGCAGGAAGAAACAGAAAGAACACGAAACCUUUACCGACGAUUGCUUCAGCGGACACAGCAUGUCAAGGUAUGGAUCAGUUUUGCUCAGUUUGAGUUGUCUUCAGGGAAAGAAGAAAGCUUGGCUAAAUGUAGACAGAUUUACGAGGAAGCGAACAAGACCAUGCGCAACUGUGAAGAGAAGGAGGAGAGACUCAUGCUGCUGGAGUCCUGGCGGAGCUUUGAGGAAGAAUUUGGAACAGUGUCAGAUAAGGAGCGAGUGGACAAGCUCAUGCCAGAGAAGGUCAAGAAGAGGAGGAAGGUCCAGGCUGAUGAUGGGUCUGAUGCUGGCUGGGAAGAAUACUUUGAUUACAUCUUUCCAGAAGAUGCUGCCAACCAGCCUAACCUCAAGCUCCUGGCCAUGGCCAAACUCUGGAAGAAACAGCAGCAGGAGAAGGAGGAUGCCGAGCAGGAUCCAGAUAAAGACGAAGAUGAGAGCGAGUCUUGAACUUUUUGUCAUGUUGAUAAAUGUUUUAUAAUUUUUAUAAAUUAAUUGUUUGGAACGCUUGUGACUCCUGGAAGUUUUUGUGUAUUUCACCAGUAAGGAAUUGACUGGCAUCUUUGAUACCUAAUUUUUGAAAUAUUUGUAAAAUGCUCUUGGGUCAGCUAGGGGUAGGGGGUUGCAAGUAAAGGGACUUUGUAACUGCUUCUUUGACUGAGUCCAGACUUCUCCAGUGUUUGUCCGUAUCACGCGCUAAGAAGGGUAAUGAAGGUAACACUCAGCAUCUGUUCUAGAGAACCUGCGGGGACUUUGAGGUCUUUUUUUUUAGUUUUCAGGUUACAUUCCACAGUAACUUUUCAGGUGUAGUUUUCUCAUGCUUGCUUCUUCACAAAGAGAGUUUAUGCAUUCAACUUGAAAAUUUUCCAUGUCUUUAGAAUCACUCAGACUUGAGUUCAGUUCCAGCUCUGCCACUUAGUGAUUAUAUCACUUAACCCUCAUUUUCAGUUUCCUCGCUUAUAAAAUGGACUAUACUACUUUGAUAGCUCAUUUUGAAGAUGACAUUAGAAAAAGAAUAUACCUGA